UGGUGGCGGUGGCAGUGGCGGUGACGGCGGUGGCGACGGGGCCCAACGGCGAGAAGCGGUCGGAAAAAUGGCGUCCGAUAACGAAGCCUCUUGCGCGAGUGACCCAAAUUUCGCGGUGAUCUGCUCGUUCCUUGGCUGCUUCGGCAAAUCCUGCGGCAUCAUUUAUCCGGACAUCGCGCGACUCCAGGAGAUGCUCGAGAACACGCAGGAAGUGUCACGAGAAUUAAUAGACCUGCACAUCAAGUUGUUACGUAAAACGCGUAAAACUGUGUCGCCAGAAAAAUGGGAACGGGCACUAGUCAAGUUUUGCCACACGUACUCUAAUCAAGAUGGAUGGGAACUUGAACGCUUUGGUUACAAAAAGGCUCGCAUUGCUGUUAAACUGCGUUUACUUAAAGUACUAUUGGAAACGCAAUUUGACUUAAAUCAAAAAUUUAAGAAUGAAGUGAAUAAAUUGGCAGCUGAUGAAUUACGUGUGGAACCAUUAGGAAAGGACAAAAGUGGAUUAGCAUAUUGGUGUCAGCUGGACGAGGAGUGCAACAUAAGGGUUUAUAGGGAAGAUUUAGACGAAGAGAAUUGGGAACUAGUAGCUCAGGAUCGAGAGGGUGUUGUUAGUCUCAUAAACACCUUGUCGAAUGGCGAAAUUGGAGCUAUACCAAUUAACGAGGAUAGCAACAGUUUAGAAAUCUCUGAAAAACCUAUAAUAGACACUGGUCAAGUAACGACAUCACCAAGUCUGGAAGACGAAGUUGUGCAAGAGAAUGGCAUUCAAGAUGAAGCAAACGAGAUGAACGAUAAACAGCUACCGAAUGGCAGAAGUGACGAGUUUGAAGAUGAACAUGAUCAGGAUCAAGAUCAAGAUGAUACUAAUGAAGCUGAAAAUGACGAGGAAGAAGAUAUUGAUGCGGAAGAGGAAGAUGUAACAAAUGACGAAAGUUCCAAGCAGAUUACAGAAGAAGACGAUUCUCAAGAAAUGGUACAAACGUCGAGCAUAGAAUCAAGAUGUAUAAACACUUCAUCUACAUUAUCAGCAUCUAAUUUUAAAACGCUAAACAUGAAGGUGGAUGUAAUAUCAGAAGACGUAAGCCGCAGAGAGGCUACCGACGAAACGUCCGAUUCUUUAGCAUCGGAGAGCAAACCCGCGAUUAUACAUAAACAGACAGUAGUAGAUAUCGUGAAAUCCGAGGUUGAAGAAUCGGCACCGUUAAAAUCGAUAGAAACGCCUGUUAUUACUUCGUCUCCACUGAAACUGGUGAAUAUUUCGGAGUUGAAACAGACACCGGAAGAAAAGUUGCUAAGUCCAACGACACCUGUCACUGCACUGUUAAACGCGACGAGAAAAUAUGGUGCCUCUGACGAGAUGACAGAUCCUGUUAUGAAAUCGCUCGAGAAAUUAUCUGGCAAAAGUAGUGUACUUUUUUCCUCCACGGAUUCUGUUUCCAUGGCACACAGCAAACUAUCUGUCAAGCCAAUAGAUCAACUGGCUGCUAAUCUUGUGAGGAUACAGUCAGAAAAACUGGAGAAGCCAAGCGGACCAAAAUCGUUGGAAAAGAUAGCGGAAUCUCUAGCAAGAUCCGGCGGUAUAUUGGGAAGUACCAUGAAUGGAGAGGACGACAGAUUGCCGCAAGACUUUUGCUCAAGAAAUCAAUCUGAAAAAUCGGCAACUCUCAGGGGCCAUAGAGGCAUAGACUUAUCGACAUCACCGCGUAGCUGGGAGAGCGCAAGCGAGCAGAACAGGCCGAUGGAUUUUUCCGGAAUCGAUCUUUCUAGUCGAAAAUUGGGGAAGACAAUGGAUCUGCCUUCCCCGGGCUACCGGACGCAGGACUUCCAGCAUCGAGAGAUGGACCUGAGCACAAAGAAGCUGAGCAAACCGGAAAUACCGAAUUUACCGUACGAUGCACGUAGCGUGAUGAUGCGCAACCAUGCGAUGGUGGCAGAUCUGAGCAAGCGGCAAAUGCCAUUCACCGCGUAUGAGAUGUCAUCGACGCCGUAUCACAAUACAGCUAGAUUACCCGUCAAGGAUGAGCAUAGAUUACCGAGCUAUACGAUACUUCCCGAUCCUAGCAAGAUUACUUCCUUGAGGAUGAACACCGUACCACUGAAACGUCCCCUAGAGGGUGACGAUGUGCAGCAAGACAUGUUGAAGAGGAUAAGAGCGGACGUAAUUCCAAUCAGAGGCUCCAUAGAUAAGAGACCGAUGAUGAGCGGCAAUUGGAGGAAUGAGGUGAGCGAGGCUAUCGAGGAACCUAUGAUGAUGGUUCAAGGCGAAGGAUCUGGUAGUGAUUGUGACGCGGUGAAUCCCAUUGUCGGAGAGGCUGUGGAAGAACCGACAAUUUUUUUUUACGGUGAGGGUUCCGGCGCGGAAUGCGCGACAGGUAAUCCCGGUGACGACACGUCCACUGACAAUAAAGAAAGCAACGAAUCAAAAACUGAACCUGAUUCAGCUACCGCGACAUUAUCGCAGAGUAAGGUUUUAACCGAGAACGAGGUGUCUACGGGCUCGAUAGUGUCGAACAAAACCCCUGUAAAAUUAAAUAGAAACUAUCCGCAAUCUAAUUUAAGUGUAAACGAUAAUUGUCAAAUAGUAGAUUCUAUGCAAGAGAAGCCAAAGUUUAAGCAGACGUUGGGCGUCCAAAUAAUACCUAAAAGUACAACUGGUCCCGUCAAAAGGUUAUCUAGGUGGGACGUGGGAAAACCGGAGGAGAAAACAGAAUGUGACAGUAGUAUCAUAUCACACGUGGAAGGAGACAUAUCACUGAAGGAAAAUACAAAUGAUUACAAACAUGACAAUGCAGAGCAAAAACUAUUGAACAUGGAUAUAGAAUCGCCAAUUAAAAUCGAAGAUUCUGCUGAUGUAAAUCAGGACGUCAAAAUAGAUGACAACAAUUUUGUAAACACAGGAAGUGAAACCACCAUCGAAGAUAGUGUUAAAUUGCAAGUGUCCGAUGUAAGUUUAAAGAGUACGAGUACAAUGGAACAGGAAAGCGAUUCUAAGCUUCAAGAAUCCGUGCAGUGUGAUUCUUCUAUAUCGUCGUGUCAACUAGAUAUCUCACAGACACCCGAACAAUGUACAAAUUCUGAACUAUCUAUGGUACAUUCAGACAAUGUACAAAACGAUUCGAGUAGCAUAGUUUCACGCGAGCCGGGUACUCCCGAAAUAGCGGAUAACGAAUGCAAACCAGCAAUCGCCAAUUCUCCACCGAGAUUUUUUUUUGGUCCCAAUUGUAUCUCGUAUACCUCGAAAGCCGAUAAAUUAGAAUUGGAGCAAAGCUUGAUCGCAUCUGCGCAUGAUAAAACAGAUACUGUGCAAUAUGAAUGUGUAUCUUCAUCGAAACCAGUGGAUGAUACUGUUUAUCCAUAUAAAGAUACAAAAGAUUUUGAGUUGGCGCAAACAAACAAUAAUUUGCUAAAAACGGGUCUGUUUACUUCGGAGUCUGACAGUGUUCCAUGCGGAAAUAAUAGUGAAGACAUGAAAAAAAUUGAAGCAUCAAGCAACACGUGGGAUCAACAAACAACUUCAACAAUUAAUAGCUCAAUAGAACCAAGCGAUGUAUCCGAGUGUGAUGCCACUAAUUCAUCUGUUGUGAAAGUUUCAAUAGAGGCGAAUAAAGAACUGAGUAUACAAGAAUCUGUUUGUACCAGCAAAGAAAUGGAAGAAGAUAAUUUUUCAAAAACUCAUACAAGUACAUCAGAGGCAGUAACAGAUAAUGAAAGUAUUAAUGAUAUAAGUAUGACUGAAGAAGAUCCAAUUAAAAUCAGUUCAGUUAGUGAAUCCAGCGUAGUUGAACCAGUAGAAUGUGGAAUUGUUGAGCCAUCACAAUGUGAUCAGUCUAUUGAUUCUGAAAAACCUGAAAGCAUGGAACAAGCUCAAAAAGAUAUUCCUUUUGAAAUGUCGGACGAUAUUACGUCACAGUUAUCGGAUGAUAAAGAGGAUAAAAAUGAAAAACCAAUCGAUAACUGUAAAAUUGAGAACAAUCAUCAGUCUGCUAAUUCAAACAGCUUCAAGGAAGACGAAGGGAAAAUCGAGUCUAUGACAACACCGCAUUCGUCUUUAUCGCUUCUUACUCAAGAUUCACAAGCAGAAUUGAUCGAUCUUAAGGAAUUCGAGGAUAACAAUUCGAACGAGUUAUUGGAUUCCACGAAUGCAGCCAGAUUAUCCGAGGAUUAUCAGGAAGCAAACAGCCUUCAAAAGAACGAUAUCGAUUCCGCUGGAGAGAGUUGCGACAAGCAGAGUGAUAAGAAUGACAAUUUUUCUGAAAUCGACGGUCAGGAAGAUCAUUCGACUGACACAGAUAACGAGAAGAUGAAAGGCCUGAUCGGUUCCGAUGCUGAUUCAUUAUGCGUUAAUUACGACAAGAACAGCGAAAGAACUGAUGCAUUGUCGGACGUAGGGAUGCAGGAUGAUGGAUCCGGUGAUACCGAAGAGACUAAAGAGAAAGGACUGAACGAUGUGCAAGUUAACAAUACCGUGUUUGAUAUGGAUUCUGUGACAGUUUCGGAGUCUGCUCUUGAAGAGAAUGAUAAACACGACUUAGUUCCUACCAUAAGCAGUUCGGAUGAUGUAUCUGUGCAGGAUUCUUCAUCUCAACAAAGUGAAUCUGGGCAAAUAGACAAUAAAAAAGUUGAAAAUACGUUAUCUGUCACUGAUAAACCUUCUACAUUUAAUUUAUCAGAAAUAAUACCUGAAACAAACAUUUUUGAACUGCCUAGAUCGGAUAUUGUCGAAACUACAAAAGAAACAAACUUUUCUAAUAUUGUUCAGGCUACAAGUGAAUACGUCGACGAUGUUUCUGAGAACCCCAGUUCUUGCAUCGAUCAAGAUUCGAACGAAGAGAUGGUUAUAGAUGAUCGUGUAUCUGAGUCUAAUGAAUCGUUUAAAGAAACUGAGGAAGUUACAAUGAAUGAUGAACAACCAGAGGAUGCAAAGCCGGAAGUAAUGAUGGAUUCCGAAAAAGAAGCUUCUGUUGUAACAAAUAUUGAACGAGAAUCUUUUCAGACUGCAAUAGAAACUGAAAUCGCAGAGAAAGAGACAUCUGAAGCCGAUGUACAAACCAAAAACAAUAAAGAAUUUGCCGAAGAUGAUCAAAGCAAAACUUAUAAUAUUGAUAAACAAGAUAUGACAGUAGUAGAAGAUAUUUACGAUCUCAGUAAAAGUAAAGAAAUUGUCGAAAUCGUAGAAAAAUCAGAGAUAAAUACAACAAUUGUAACUACUGAACUAUCAGAUGUACAUUUAACAAAUGUUAUUUCUCAAGAAUCACAACGGAAGGUAAUGGAUGAGAAUAAACAGUCGCUAGUUGCGAAUUACGAUAGUGAUUCCAAUGAUGAUAGCGAUAAUGUUUUCGAUCCUAAUGUGGCGCAAAGUGAUUCUAAGAAUGAUGUUGCCGUCUCGAUGGAACGAAAAACUAGCGAAGAGAUGCACGAAAAAUCAUCUGUCAAAAAAGACGACAUCAACAGCACAAAUUUAGUCUUUGAUACACCUCAAGAGAAAUUAUCUGAGCAGCAAGCAGAAGAAUCUUCACAAACGAAAAUUAAUGAAAUAUUAAAUGAAGAUGUUACGAUCGUUAGUAAGCAGACAGAAGUUAUGUCUAUUUGCAACAUUGAUAGUAAUAUCGAAAAUUGUUUGAAUGACGAAUCAACAAUGCCUUUAAAUAAGGAUGAAUUUCAAGAAAAAACAGACAUUCACGAUAUUUUUAUUACUGACAAUUCCAAAACAUUGGAAGUGUCAGAUGCGACGAAGCUAGUAGCUCCAAUCAUGACUGAAGAGAUAACUGAACCUGUUCUAAAAAAGAAUUUUGAGAUGUCUAUUAGCCAUAGUGAGAAAAAUAAAGAACAUUUUAAUAAUUUGAUUGAUAAUAUGAAAACAGUGCAAGACUCUCAAGAUGCAGUUGAUGAAGUGAUGGAAAAGAGAGAUUGCUUAACACUCGAAAAUGUGUGUAAUUUCGGCGAAAACGACGUGAAUAAAUUUGGAAAGUCUUCAUUUGCCCAAGAAAAUGCAGAAAUUAACGCUGUGGAUAAUCAAGUGACCAAUAUAUUUGAUGUAAAGGAGCAACAUAUAAGAGACAUUGACGAAAAACUGAACAUCAGUUUGGAUACGGAAAAUAUUGUAAGAUUGAAGAAUGUAAAUGAACACAUUGCUGAAGAACUGCCUAUUCCAUGUAAAAGAUUUAAAGAAGAUCUAACGGACUAUGCUAAAGACAAUAAAUGGGAUGUAAAAUUGCAAGAAGAAUGUUUAACUAAACCAUCCAUGGAAGAGGUGAGUUUACCACCGAUUCAAACAGGAUCGGAUAUUGUGCCAGCGAAAUUGGAUAAUGCUUUAGCUGCGGAUAAAUUGCAUCUUGAAGAUGCGAAAUUAGAAGACAGCGUAUCUUCAGACGCCUUAUAUUAUCCAAAUUCGAUGUCUAUGAAGAUGGAAAAUGUUAAUAACUUGGAUAGUAACAAUCAAAAUGAGCCUUUUAGUGUAAACUUGAAUGUAAAUAAAAGUACAGAGAAUUUCACUGCGCCUUUAAGUACGAAAGAUGAAUCGAUGAUAUUUUUUGCUCAAGAGACCAUCUCGGAAGUUAGUGCUUUAAAAGCUGAUAUCAAGAAAGAAGCCAGCAAGAGAUUGAUCGAUACCUCAGACACGGAAGAUGUUCCUCCGCUAAAAUCUAAGCCACCGUACUUGGAAACCGAUGAUAAGACGUUGGAAAAUUUAGUAAGUACCGAGAUACAAGCGCUUAAGAAUUUAGAUACAUUGAACGAAGUUGAAAAAUUAAGACCACAAAUCAAAGAUGAAGCGAAAACAUCGGCGAUCUCCACGACGCAAUUGUUUCAAAACGAUUUUGGCACGAUUAACGAUUGCACGGCUGCUGCAGCGAUAGAGGAUUCUAAAAUCAGUUUGGAAAUUGCGGAAAGAAAAGAAUCAUCUUUAGAAAUCCAGAAUGUUGAGAUGAAAACUCUACCUGGUAAAGUUUCCGAUUUAUCUGCAGAUUCUGACAGCGAUUCGACAGGCAUGGACAACGAGGGCGUUUUUAAUGUGCCAUCAGAGGAAGCUGAUCCUUUAGCAUGUACCGAUGAUGACGUUUUGAAGAAUAUUACCGAGGAUGACACUUUGAAGAAUAUUACCGAGGAUGACGCUUUGAAGAAUAUUACCGAGGAUGACACUUUGAAAAAUAUUACCGAGAGUGAUGAUGCUUCUAAGAUAAGUAUCCGUAUAAAGCCGGCAUCCGAAAUGGUUUACGAGGGAUGGAAAUUAGACAGCACUACGGAAACGCCAAAGAUUUCGCGAAAACGGCGAAACAGCGCUCACGAGUCAAAUUCCGAGGAUGGGGCUAUAAAACAAGAAGAUGAAGAGAUGAUGGGCGGCAAGAGGAUGAAGCUACGCGCAAAGCGUAUGCCCGAUAAAGAAUUACGAAAAUCCAUUGAAGAGAGUCGCGAGGUAGCGGUGAGUUCCGAAGACGAGGCUGCAAAAUGUGAUCCCGAUAACGCAACGGAGCACGCGGCUAAAGAUGGUAGUGAUGAUCCGAAUAUUAUGCAAUCGAUGCCGAUUGAUAAAAAGAUCAGGGGUCGUCCUAGAGGUAAACGAAGGCGUGGUUUUCGAGGGGGUGGACGUCCCAAUCGACCGAAACUUGCGGAAUUUCAGGGCGAUCAAACGUCAGAAAUAUCGCCCGGUGCUCAUCCCGAUGGGGCUUCUAAUGAUGCUUUGAAUACAACGCAGAAGAGGCGAAAGAAACGAAAAAUGGUGCUCGGCUUAGAAAUAGGUAGAGAUAUUUCACUGGAAACAGGAACACCAGGACUAGGACAGGAUGAGACGCCUGUCAGGCAAUCAAGAAGAAUAGCACAGCUGAAAAUUAAAGAACAAGCAGAUAGACGCAGAAUCGAGGAGGAAACUAUGCGUGACUUGGAAGAGAAAAAAGAAUCGGAGAAGAAAAAGAGAAAGAAGCAGAAACCGGAAAGUGAAGAGGAUUAUAUAAAAGAGGUUAUCAUAAAAGAAAAUGAAAAGGAGAAGAAAUCUAAAAAGAAACGUCGAAAGAGAAAAAAGAAAAAGAUGCUAGCCAAAUUUAACGAAGCAAAUCCAUGGCAGAGCUCAUCUGGAUCUAGCAGUGACGAAGAAAAUGAAAACGAAGACGAAGAAGAGGAAGAUGAAGAUAUCGAGAGCGAAGGAUCUUUACUGUUUAAAAGUGAUCACGAGUUUUCUCCGGAAAGCGAUCUCGAAAAAGACCAAGAGUCUGAACCGUUAAGACGUGCUAGAACUGCACAGAAAGCCCAAAGCGACGUUGAAGAAGCUGAGGAUGAGUAUGCCUGUCAGAAAUGUGACAAAGCUGAUCAUCCCGAAUGGAUUCUUUUGUGUGAUUCUUGCGAUAAGGGCUGGCAUUGUUCAUGCCUCAGGCCAGCUCUUAUGCUUAUACCUGAAGGCGACUGGCUUUGUCCGCCAUGCCAGCAUAAUCUGCUGAUGACUAAGCUACAGGAAACAUUAAAAACACUCGAUCAGUUAACAAAGAGACACGAGAACGAAGUACUACGGAAAAAGCGAUUGGCUUUUGUCGGCAUAAGUCUCGAUAACGUGCUUCAUAAAGGCGAGACGCAACGCGUAUCGAAAGGAUCGAAAGCAUCCAGUCAGGAAUCGGAUAACGACUCUUCGGACUCUUCCUCGUCGGCCUCUAGUUCCGAAACAUCGAGCAGUGAAGAAAGCGAACCAGUUUAUCAAUUACGUGAACGUCGAUGCGCCAACACCUACAAGUUUAACGAGUAUGAUGAUAUGAUUAACGCCGCAAUUCAGGAUGAAGUUGAAGCGGUUCAAGGUGCUGGCAACCAGGGAAGGGGUAAAGACAUUGCAACGAUAGUCAACGCGGAGAAGGAAGAGGCUCAGGCCGAAGCGUUAAAGAUGACGCAAUUAGAAGAGGAUAAGGACGAUAUGGAAUCAAAACCAGAAAAAGAAAGCGACGAGGAAUAUAAGAUUGAGAAUGAAGAUAUGAUUGAUGAAAUAGAAGAGAAACAAAAUACGGUUGCUAAGAAAUUGUUAGCACGUAAGAAACAUCGAAAAUUAAACAGCCUUGAUAUAAGCAGCGAAGACGAUCCAGAUAGUGAUGAAGAUUUCAAGGGUACGAGUUCCGAAGAAGAGGAAGACUUUGAUGAUCAUAUUACAUCAUCCGACGAUAGUUUUGCCAAUGUAAAACGACGUGGUAGAAAAGGCGACUCGCGUCCUGUUAGAAGAUCUACCAGAGCUCGUAUGACUAGGGCUUAUGAUGAAGAUUUUAUCAUAAACAGAAAUUUAUCAGUUUCUAACCGAAAAAUAAAGAUAAAAAUGAAAAAUGAUGUAUUAAAGAUUAUGAGCAAGAAUAUCUAAAAUUAUUUUUUAUUCAGAAGCAGAACAAUACCAACAUCCAGGAUCAGAACGGUACCUAAGACAAAGGGCAAAAAGAGGAAAAAGAGAAAACGUAUAAUAGAAUCCGACAAUCAGAGCGAAAACGAUGAAGAAGAUGAGCCGAAAAUUGAAGAACAAUGUGAAUCUAACUUGCAAGACGUAGACACUACUGGGCUGACUGAGGUGAUGGACAUUAAUAAACAAGAGAAUUUUGAAAAUAACACUAGUGAAAAUAAUGUCGAGAUGAAAGAUAUUAAAUUACAAGAAGUAGCCUCAGAUGUUCCGAUUCCCCAGAUUUCACAGCCACCAGAGAUAGUGCCGAUUCAAAAAAUCAAAAAGGAUAUUCUACCUAAACCGAAAAAAGCUCCAACUAUUAGACGAAAGAUUAUUUAUGGUGGACUUCCAGACGAAAAUAGACGAGAAGAGGAGGAAAUAUUAGGUAGAAGGACUCGAGGACGGAAGAUCAAUUAUCGAGAGGAAAUAGCAUCAGAUAGUGAGGAGGAACUGAAGAAGGCGCUGAUGAUGAGGAAAACUGGCGAGAGCGAAGAUGAAUUUGUGGUGAACGAGGCUGAUGACAUAAAUGAUGAUGGGGAGAAGGAUUCCGAUUCAGGAGAUGUUUAUAUUCCCAAGAAGGAUGCUCUAAAAUUUAAGAACAAAUCACUGAAGACGAAGAAACCGCGUAACGGCAAGAAUCUUGGAAUGAAGCGAAAAUCAUUGUCGGACGAUAUGCCGAAGCAAAGAAAGAAACCUGGACCGAAACCGGGAAGCAAAAACAGAGCGCGUAAACAGAAGUUAAAAGAUGACGCAGAUGGAGAUAUGAUCGGCGCGGUCAUGGACAACCCUAUCGAUAUAACGUCUAAAAUGGAUGAGAAUCUUCCGGAUAAUGUCGGACUGACAGGUACAACGAUGUCGGUGGCGAGCUCGUUUACCGGAGAUGUUCCCGAGGGUUCGCUGACGAGUCUUGGUGCUGGGGAGUUGGCUGACUUGGAUGAGGAGCAGCUCGAGCAGAUGAUGUUGGAUGAAGAAUACGGACGACGGCAAUUGGAACUCGCGGCAAUCGAGAUAGCGAAAAAGAAGAAGAAAGAGGAACGAGAGGCUAAGAAGUUGGAGAAGGCACGUUUGAAAGCUUUGGAGAUAUUGGCAGCAGAAAGACAGAGGGAUCCCAACGCGCCCGACGGAAUGGACGGCGAGGCGCCUAAGAAGAAAAAACGCGGACGUCGCAGCAAAGCCGAGAUAAUUGCUGAGCAAAUGCGCAGGGACAGUGCAUCGAAUCUGGGCAUCGCGCCGGCGGCAACCAUCGGUACUAUUGGCACGCCGGACAGCGCGAGUAAUAUGCAAUCGCACAACGUGAAUCCUGCUACUUUACCUACGAGUUUGACACCGGAAACCGACAGAAGCAUCGAAGGUGGGCAUAUGCCUCUUAUGACUGGACUGGAUGGACAGCUUUUUAAUCCAGACGGUACGCCGAUGAAGCCGAAACGACGAGGUCGUGGCAAAGGCAAGAAGACGCUUGCAUUAGAGGCAGCUAGAGCCGCGGAGGCAGCGGCUAAGGCCGUGGUCGAAGUCGGCUUGAUGGCCGGCAUGGGCACCGACUCGAACCCGGAGAUGAAACAGAAUGAUAUUCCGAAUAUUCUUCCUACACCAGGUAGCAGUACAUCCGGUUCGGCGCCCUCCACACCACCGGCGAGUGCCGUUCCGACACCAGGCCCACCGUCGACACAAUCGUCGAACUCUCAGCCGGUUUAUCCAGCGCUACCAUCUGGCCAACAGUCUUCCGUCAUUACAAGAAUGCUUCAGUCCCAACCAGUAUCCAACAGUCCGCAGUCCUUCACCGCAGCAGCGGCCGCGAUGGGUCACAAAUACUUUGGUGGGCCUAAUGUCGGUGGACAAAUCAUGGGCGGUCCGCGAACGGGAUAUGAGAUGCAGCCGCGCGCCAGGAUUCCAUCUCCGUAUAGACAGGCAGGUCAAUCAUCUAUGCCACCACAUUUCGCCGCGGUUAGAUCGGGCACGCCGCCGAUGCGUAUGCGAGUACCCGGACCACAAAUUUAUCACACGCCCCAUCAUCCAAUGGAUCCGUCGCCAUCGGGCGGUGGACCGAUCUCGAUUAAUAAUCGAGAUCGCAGUUCACCUCUAACCGGCGGACCGGCGAUGAUUCCACCAUCGGCCGGCAGUCCAUUGGCCAAGGGUGGCCCGACGCCACCGCCCCCGCCGUACGUACGGGGCGGACCGCCGAUGGCCAGGUUUGCCGAGAAUCCCAUGGGACCUAGGCAUCAGAUGCCGCCGUUUACCAACGCUUCGCCGGUCAAUCACAACCUGCAACAACCUUCGCCGCCCCCCAAUCGACCACCUGGUAACUUCUCACCGUAUCAUCCGCCUCCGCCUCCCAAUUACCAUUACGGUGCCUAUCCACCACCCCCGCCGAUGUCCACGGCGGACGAUGCAGCCGCCUACCAGGGCUCACCGUAUCCCUCGGAGCACUUCUCUUCACCGGCAGACAACCAACCUCCGAUCCAGGGGCCUCCACCACCUCAGGGACCGCCGCCACCACAGCAGUCACAUCCAGGCGAUCCCAAUGUCGGUAACAAACAGUACGAUGAAGAGGGCACCGGUGAAUUUGGCGGGCUGGUAUCUUAUUUCAGUAGCCAGAGAGAGGACGAUCUUGAUUCGUAGCAUGAAUGAGAGCUUGGCCAACCCUGAAUCAUUAGGUAGGGAGAGCGUGCCCAGGUGAAAUCGCAACUUUUGCCGCAGAGGAAAAAGCGAUAAACGCAACGUAAACGCGAAUAUGAUACUCCGGGAGAUUCGACUUUUCGAUGAUACUAGUGCAUGUGCCGCGCGAAAUAUAGAGCUAGAGUCUUCCUCUUUGACUCCUCUAAAGCAAACAGUUGUUCUGUGUAAUAUUUGCACUUCUUACGGAAAAAAUGUCGCCGAAGGCAAAUACGAGGUUGGCCAAGUGUAGAGUGAGCGGAGAGAUAAAUCAGAGCGACGGGGCGGAGCCUAUUUUCUAAGAGUUGUAAGUUUUUCUGUAAUUAGCUUUCAGUUCGAUUGGAUUUAUAUACGACGAUGUGCGAUUGUACGAGAGCUCUAAGAUAAUGGAGAUACAACGGUCGUCCUAUCCAGGAGAUGACGAAACAAAAGAUCUGACCAGAACUAUUUUUCAUCAUUAUUUAUUACUAUAAUCCGUCAGUAGAAAUUUGCGAACAAAGUUAUUCCCGAAAAGUUUUGAAGUGAGAAUAAACAGUAUCCGCGUUCCGCGUAAUAGUUGUAUGUUCUGUGGAGCGGAGAACGCGAAAAAUUGAUCUUUAAUAACGAUGAAAAAGGAAAGUUGAAAAAUUGAACUGGCUGGAACGACGUACUGUUGUUAAACAUGUACAUAUGUAAAUAAUAUAUAAGUCAUUUAGAUUAUAUAUGUAUUAUAUAUAUAAACAUACACAGAGAGAAAGAAAGAGAGAGAGAGAGAGAAACGCAGCCAUGCAGAAUAUACUAUAAAAAUGAAUUAGUGCGGAAAGGGCACAAAUGUAAUAUUUAAAUUUAAUUCAAGAGAAUGGCAUCUGAGUAUAAUAAAUUAACAAAAGAUUGUGAAGACUAUUACUAUAAUUAUUUAUAAAGAAAAAGAUUAAGAAUUUAUGAUAUAGACAGUAUAUUGUAUUUUACAAAUUUUACUUCAUAUAAUUCUGAGAAACCAUUAAAUAUAGUUAUAUUGGAGAGCAGGAGGCUGCUUUAAGUAUACUCUUUGCGAAAAGCAAGGAAAAAGUGAUUUUGAUAAAAAAAAGCUAGUAUUAGCAUAAUUGGCGUACCACUGCAUAUAUGUGGAAGCAGUGCAAUUAUUUAUAUAUUUGAAAUGAUUUAUAUUUCUAAUUUGUAUAUUUUUUUUCUAUAUAUUUCUAUAUAAUUUUUCGAUUAUUCAGGCACGUGCAAGUUCUUUUAGUUGAAAAUUGCGCAGAAUAUAUCGCGCUGACAUUCUCAAAUAAAGAGAAAGAGAAACAGAUUUAUAUAUAUAUAUAUAUUAUAUAUAGCAAAUUAUAUUAAAGAGAUGUGAACAAUAUAUACGCAGAUUAUAUAGAAAUGUAUUAUGUGAUUAUGACUUGAAAUAAUGAUUCUGACUUAAAACCCGUCUGAAUAUUUGUGCUUAUAGUGCACAAUAUUUUGAAGGCAUUGUCUUGCGCGGGUUUUCUAUCUGGAGUUCCUUCCUGUACUUUCAAAAUUGUCGGUAUAUCCAUAUCUUUCUUUAAUACUUCAAACGUUUUAAUAAGAUCAUGUUUUACUAUAAUCAUCCGAUUAUAUUGUUUAAUGUGAAAAUUACAAGUUAUCGGAAGAAUAAAAUUGUGUCAACCAACACAAUUCGAGGAAUCUUAUCAGAAAUUUUUCUUUAGAUUGAUUUGAUUAGUCAAAGUUAGAAUUAGAGCUAAUUUUAAAUUAGACAAUCUUUUUUAAAUCUUCUGAUUUAAAAAAAAAAAAAAAAAA